AUGCAGUGGAAUCUACUCAUAAAGACCCACAUUGAAUGGGGUCGUCUCGAUUCGGCUUUGUUGCUGUACAGAAAGAUGCGCGAGCUGGGUGUUCCACAUGAUGGUUUUACAUUUCCAAUUGUAAACAAGGCGGUCUUGAUGAUUGGUGAUGGUGUUAGAUAUGCAGGGGUGCUUCAUUCUUUGGCAAUUCAAAUGGGUUUUGGAUUGGAUUUGUAUUUUGGCAAUACCAUGAUUGAGUUGUAUGUGAAAUGCGGCUGUUUCAGUUAUGCCCGGAAGCUGUUUGAUGAAAUGUGUGACAGAGAUUUAAUCACUUGGACUUCGAUGAUUUCCGGGUAUGUUUCUCAAGGAAAUGUUACUUCUGGGUUUAGUUUGUUUAACGAAAUGAGGAUGGAAUUGGAACCGAAUUCAGUGACAAUGUUGGCCAUGUUGCAAGGUGGUUGUUGUUUCGAAACUUCAAUAUACGGGAGGCAACUUCAUGCAUAUGUGAUUAAGAAUGGUUUACUGAGUCAUGGAGCUGUUGAGAACUCAAUCUUGAGAAUGUACGCUAAACUAGGUACCGGUGAAGAAGUGGAAGACUUUUUCAGGGAACUUGAUAGAAGGGAUGUUGUUACCUGGAAUAUUUGUAUUUCCUAUUAUACUUCGAGAGGGGAUGUUGUAAAAGUAAGAGAUUUGUUCAAGGAGAUGCAAGGUGAAGUAGCACCAAGCAUUGAGACGUUAACUAUAGUUAUAUCAGCAUUGGCCAUACAUGGGAUUCUAUCCCAAGGUGAAAGCCUCCACGGUUUAGCAAUAAAAAGUGGUCUUCGUGAUGAUGUUUUACAGACUUCUUUGUUGGACUUUUAUGCCAAAUGUGCAAAAUUGGAAAGUGCGGAUAAAUUGUUUAGAGAAAUCCGUGAUAGAAAUUGCAUUACUUGCGGUGCAAUGAUGUUUGGACUCAUUCAAAAUGGGUAUAUUUAUGAAGCAGUUGGAGUGUUUAGACAAAUACAAGCUGCAGGUCUUGAUCCAGGGGCAGAGAUACUAAGAAACCUCAUUGAUGCAUUUGCAAAUUUAGGUGCUCUGAAGUUAGGACAAGCAGUUCAUGGCUGCAUAAUAAGGAAAUCAUUUUACGGAACUGAGGAGUGCCAUACUCAUCUUGAAACCUCCGUAAUCAACAUGUACAUAAGAUGUGGCAGCAUAUCUACAGCUAGAGUGUGUUUUAAUGGAAUGGUUCUCAAAGAUGUGGUGGCAUGGACAUCAAUGAUUGAGGGUUAUGGGAGCCAUGGACUUGGUUUUGAAGCCUUGAAACUCUUUGAUCUAAUGACAAGACAAGGAAUAAAGCCAAAUAGUGUCACCUUCUUAAGUUUGUUAUCUGCUUGUAGCCACUCUGGUCUUGUGACUGAAGGUUGUUCAGCUUUUUAUUCCAUGAAAUGGAGGUAUGGAAUCGAACCCGAUUUAGAUCAUUAUACUUGUCUUGUUGAUCUCUUGGCCAGAUGUGGAAAGCUCAAAGAGGCCUUGGCUGUCAUUUUGAAAAUGUUGGCUUUUCCAGAUAGUAGGAUUUUCGGGGCUCUUCUUUCAGGAUCUAGAAUUUACGGCAACAUAGAGCUUGGGCAAUAUGCAGCCCAGAGGCUCUUGGAAUUAGAACCUGAUAAUGUUGGAUAUUUUACUCUGUUGAGUAAUACACAAGCCAGUGUCAGACAGUGGGAUGAAGUAGAAGAGAUAAGGAGAACUAUGAAGGAAAAUGACCUAAAGAAGAAGCCAGGGUGGAGCUGCAUUGAGGCUAAAGGUUUGAUUCAUGGGUUUGUUUCUGGAGAUAAUUCGCACCAUCACAUUGAGGAGAUUUAUGAAGUAUUGGGGUGCUUAAGUAGGUUAAUAUGA